AUGGGUUCCUACAGGGCGAACGACGCGGCUGUCGAGACUGUCGAGCUCUUGAGCUCCAGCAGCUCCGACAGCGAGACGAGCGCGAGCGUCAAGUCCAGAGCGCCAGAGCGCUCGCGAAGCAAUGGAAAUGCGGCGAACGAGAGCGAAGAGUCGACUUCGAACGUGUGGGACCUCGAGCGGCCUGCCAAGAGACGUCGUGGCGCACAGGAGAAGUAUCGUAUGCAGGAUUCGAAUUCGGGUGAGGAUGAGGAUGACGGCGACAAAGUAGAAGAGGAAGAAGCAGACGAAGAUGCGACAGAGGAUUAUGUGGAUCCAGUAGAGACACCGUCGGACGAGGAAGAAGAACAGCUUGUAGAGGAACAAUUGAACCGACGACGCAGCCGGCGCAAGUCCAAGCCUUUGCACUCAUUCGUUGAUACUUCGGAUGACGAGUACAUGAUAAGCAGUGAUGAGCAAAGGAAGAAACCAAUAGCGAGGUCCAGGCCGAAGAAAAAGUCAGCUGCAAAGAGUAAAGCAAGGAGUAAGCGGAAACGGAGAGGUUCGUCGUCAGACUCGAGUGACGAAUCUUCUGGUGAUGCGGAAGGUGAGAGCACGAAAGUGAAAGCAGAGUUUAGCGGGUUUGUCAUCGACAAGAUUCUGGGUCGCGAAGUUCACACGCUGAAGGAAUGGAAGAAAAUGUGCUGGAACAAAUCGACACGCUUUUUGACGCACUGCUCCAUUUUCUCUUCUGAUGAAGAGGGCGAGAUGGAUCAGGAAGUGAAGCUGGAGCAGGUACAAGAAGAACAGAAGAAGACCAAAGGUGGCGAACAAAGCACCGUGGCAAGCAAUGAAAUAGACUUGACCCGGAAAGCGAGUGUCGAAGAUGUUGAGGAUGCUGACGAGGAACGUUUCUUGAUCAAGUGGAAAUCAUUAUCGUAUCUCCACACUAGCUGGCAAACGGAAGAUGAGUUGCGUGAGACGGACAAAAACGCGAAAGGCAAAAUCCAGCGCUUUCGUGAGAAGGAACACCGCGCCGGGUUUUCCGAAGACACACAAGGAGACGAGUAUUUUAACCCGGAGUUUCGCAUCGUCGAUCGCAUUCUUGAGAUUCGGGACCAGCCGCUUGACGGUUUUGCGGUGGCAAGUUCGACCCGCGGCAAAGGUACACUCAUGUACUUUCUGGUAAAAUGGAAAGCUCUUCCUUACGAUGAACUCACGUGGGAGCGGGAAGAUGAUGUGGGCGAUGACGCUGCUGUGGAGUUGUACAAUGACCGCAUCAUGAGAGCUGCUAAGCGGUUCCAGAAAGUUGCUCUCGCAAAACACACACCGCAGAGCAAACGCAAAAAUUUUAGAGGCUACACUACGGAGUCCCCGCCGCCUUGCAAGAAAGAGCAAAACUUUCAGCUGCGCGAUUACCAGCUUACAGGCGUGAACUGGAUGCUUUUUAAUUGGUACCAGAAGCGCAAUUCGAUGCUUGCAGAUGAAAUGGGUCUCGGUAAAACCGUGCAGACCGUAAUGUUCGUCAACCAUCUUGCGGCUGUUGAGCGUACGCCACGGCCUUUCAUCAUUGUCGCUCCUCUUUCAACGUUGGGCCACUGGCAGCGUGAGUUUGAUAGCUGGACCAAUCUUAACGCCGUCGUGUACCAUGGUUCAGUUGCUGCACGAGAAGCUUUGCAAAACUACGAAUUUUUUCUGACAGAGGACGAGCUACAGCGUGCUGAAGAGCUUUUUGCAAAGGAUCCCUCGAAAGGCAACUGGAAGCGUCUUUCUUUGCGACCCAAGCGUAAUUGUUACCGCUUUGAUGUGCUCAUUACUACAUUUGAAAUGGCCUCCGCUAUAGACCUUUACAAAUUGGCUCAGAUCAAAUGGCAGCUCAUGGUUGUGGACGAGGCACAUCGUCUGAAAAACCGCAAUUCCAAGCUGUCUGUUAUCCUGCGCACACGUUUCACGUAUGAGAAUAUGCUGUUGCUGACCGGCACGCCGCUUCAAAACAAUGUAGAGGAGCUAUGGGUGCUGCUGAAUUUUCUUGAUACAAAAAAGUUCGAGUCCAAAGAAGCUUUCCUCGAGCGCUUUGGAGAACUGACGGAUUCGGCUCAGGUCGAGCGUUUACACUCAGAGCUCAAACCAUAUUUGCUUCGGCGCAUGAAGGAAGACGUAGAAAAGUCGCUUGCGCCAAAGGAAGAGACCAUUAUUGAAGUCGAGCUAACUGUGCUUCAGAAGCAAUAUUACCGUGCUAUUUACGAAAAGAACACGGAGUUUCUAUCGAGAGGCGGCAAGAAAGGAAACACGCCUAGCUUGAUGAACGUUCUGAUGGAGCUGCGCAAGUGCUGUAACCAUCCCUUCCUCGUAAAAGGUGUGGAAGAGCGCGAAGCGAAGCGACUUGCAAGUCAAAAGUCAGUGCCAAAGGAAGAAAUUCAGCGACAAAUUAGUGAAAGCCUCGUGGAUUCGUCCGGCAAACUAGUGUUGCUGAACAAAUUGCUGCCUCGUCUCAAAGAGUCCGGACACCGCGUUUUAAUCUUCUCACAGUUCAGAAUAAUGCUGGACAUAAUUCAGGAUUAUUUGGCUUUGCGUCGGUACAAUUGUGAGCGCAUCGACGGCAAUAUUACUGGCAAUGAGAGGCAGACAGCUAUCGACCGCUUUUGUCGAGAAGACAGUGAUGCAUUCAUCAUGCUGCUGAGUACUCGCGCGGGCGGCGUUGGCAUCAAUCUGACAGCGGCUGAUACUGUGAUUAUAUAUGACAGCGACUGGAACCCGCAGAACGAUCUGCAGGCGCAAGCACGUUGUCAUCGCAUUGGUCAAAAGAAGAGUGUAAAGAUUUACCGUCUGCUGACAUCGAAAACAUACGAGUUGCACAUGUUUCACAAAGCAUCGUUGAAGUUGGGUCUCGAUCAAGCAGUGCUGGGGGGGAUCAAAAAUGACGACCCUGUCGCAAAGCUCAAGGGGGCUUCGAGCAAAAGCAAGGCAAACGAUCGGAUGUCGAAGGAGGAAAUCGAAAGUUUGCUGAAACACGGUGCGUAUGAGAUGUUUAAGGAACAAGACGGUGAGGCGGAGGCAGCAAGUAAAAAGUUUGGAGAGGAAAGUAUUGACCAAAUUUUGAGCCGGAGUACGACAAUUGUCCACGAUCCGACUCGGAAUGUUGACGGGAAUGAGAAACGCAAUAUCAUGUCCUCGUUUUCAAAGGCUACUUUCGUCAGUUCGACGGAUCCAGACGACAAAGUUGACGUGGACGACCCUAACUUUUGGACUAAGGUCAUCGGGCUUAAAGGAGUUGAGGAACAGAAGAUGGAAGAGCCGUCACCCUUGCAAACGAGACGUUGUCGCCGAAAAGUAAAGUCGUACCUGACCGACGACGACAAGUCGUUUAUGGUUGGGGACAGCGGGGAUGAUAACCCAUCGUUGCGCAAAAGACCGUAUCGGGAAUUAGGUGUCGUUAAGGAUGAAGAGUUCGUUGUCUCAGAUGACGACGACGAUGACGACGACUUGAGUGACGAAGAUAUGGCCAAGGACGGUCUAUCGGGCGUCACGCCUGUUGAAAAAAGGAAGCGUUCUAAGGCACCGUUGCUGCCAAUCUACUCGCACAUCGAGCGAAUUGCGGAACUUCUAGGAAGCCUCGGAUAUGGACGAUGGGAUGACAUGAAGCGCCAUGCUCCGAUCUUACAAGCGUAUCCGGACCAAGAGCUGAGUAAGUGUGUUCAAGAGUACGUCUGCAGCUUGGUGCGAAUUACUACGGCAAUGACAACUUUCCCGCGCAUCGGGUUGGAUCUGGAGUCAAGCCGAGUGUAUAUCGUCUCGACCACGCCCCCGCCUCUGCAGAUGGGGAAUGCAUCUCCAAUCGAGAGAUAUACUUGUGAAGUGGGCAGCACAUGUUGUCGAUAUCGGUUCAUCCCUGCAAUGCUGAAGGAUAUGAGGAUAAUGAAUCCGCUCGCUGUCGCCAUUCCGCCACGCAUGUGGAUCACAGAUUUCAAGAGUCGGGCGGCUCGUGGGAGCCGUACGAAGCUACAGCAAAUUGACACUAUGUACAAGUUAAACGAUUUCGUGGGCGUGAGGCUGGUGCCGCCAGGACCGCUCAUUGCUUUGAUCACGGAUUUUCAAUGCAUGAGAGACAAAGCUGCUGUUCAUCGGAUGAUCGAGUCGGGCAUUGUUCCUGAAAAUGGCGAUACAAGUCCUGUUGACAAGGAUGAGAAAUUAGAACCUGUCCUUGAUAAACCUGCCGAUCCUGCUGUGGACCAUCCAUCUGCAGAGUCCUUGUCAGCAAGAAGUGGUGGCAGUGAGUGCGUAAGCAAGAACGAAGACGUUUCAAUGGGCGAUGAACCGCAGUCGGCGUCCCACAAUCAACGAAGAGUGUUACCCGCCGCUUUUGCCAAAAGUGACGUAGAAGCUGAUCCGACCGGGAACUGCUCUGCAGCAGAGCACUUUGUGCAAGCAUCUUCAGAGAAUACAUCAUUAGAGAAAUGUGAACCCAAGGAUGUUUCUGCGAGUUCGCUUACCGUCGAGGAGGCCACUUCAACAGUCUAUAUAGACACGGCGACGACGAAAGUUUCGAAUGCAACCAACAACGAAGAUAUUAGCACGGUAGCGAAGUCACAGACUCCAAGCGCCCAGAGUAGUGGCGACACGACUGACAGUGGUGCGAACGGACAGAUCACAUUACCCGAAAGCGUCAAGAACGAGAAUCUUGAUCCACCCGCGCAUUCCAAUGCGAUCGGCUCGAGUACAACAUCAGCAGCAGCGAUACCAACGGUGCAGCAGCGAUGCCCAGCUGCUGCAAUAGUGACGCCGGAGCGCAAUCAGGCGAUGCGAAUUUUACAAACACUGCUACCCGUCAACUCUUCUGAGCCGGUAGCACCUUGGUGGAUUCCGCGUGUAGAUGACGUUUUGCUGAUGAUGUAUGUCCAUCGCGAGGGAUGGAUAAAGGGUCGAGCUCUUCCUCUUCGAAUGGUAAAGGAGUCGCCUCUAUUCGGAGACCGUGCUAAACGGCACCCGCUGACUGAGUGGCCUUCUGUGGCGAGCCUUAAUCGGCGAGUAAAGGUACUGCUCCACGCGUGGACUGUUGUGAGAAUAGCGCAGCCAGUAGUGCCAUCGGCACCAUCAAUCGCUGCUCCCUUGAAUGUAGCUUUCACGAGGCAGCCUCAGAUGCAGCCGAUCCCGCAUGAGCAGCUGCAACUACAACUACAACGAAAGCGUCAAUACGAGAUUCAGCGUGCUCAGCUGACGUCUCGAUACCCUAGUGCUUCGUUCCAUGACUCACGUCACAACCGGUUUGCCAAGCUUAUAUUCUCGUACGGGAUCCCUGAUGUGGGCACUUGUCGAGAUGACCGUGAGCGCCACGAGAAAUGGCGCUACUUUUUGCAGGAUUGCCAGCUUGGUGUUGCACACUCCCCAUUAGAAGAGCUACUCGCAGAAGCGCUGGAUCUGGAGCGUGUGUGUUACCACCGAUUGCGCGAAGAUACUGGUGAAGCGAACAAUAUGACUCUCAGUCAAGAGAAUUCGAUCUUGGGUGGCAAACGAGGCUUUUGGCUACUUACCGCCACACAGUGCCGACGAUUGCUCCAUCGAGUGGAUCUAUUUCGUCUGCUGCGCACGCAAAUACUUGUGCUACCCCCAGCUCAACUAGUCGAGGUAGUCAGUCGAGUCGUUCGAGCUCAGUCAGCAUCGACUGAUUAUCCUGUCUGGUGGAGCUGUCCACGACACGAUAUUUUGCUUUUGCAAGGUGUGGAAUGCUAUGGUCUAGACGAACACCUUGCUUCGGUGUGGAAGUUGCCGCUGUUCAGCUCUGCGAAUACAACCAGCGCGUUUCCUUCCUCCAGCUGGGUGGAAAACUACGUCACGGUCCUUGCUCUUGCUUGUCGGAACUUAAUUGUUAAGGCUCAGUCGUUUUACUCCGAUGAUCGAUACGUUCAACCGGGCAACCGGGCGUCGGUUGAGAAAUAUGUCGCUCCGACAAAGGCAGACCUGGAAGCCGAAACUCGGCGUCGAGUUCGAGAUAUCUGUGGAAUGCGUGAAGAAGACCCGUACUUCGUUUCAGUCGUUCGUUUGCGGCAGCACAUUGACAGUAAUGCAGCUCGAGAGAAGCGGUUGUCACGACGCGUCGAAGAUGAUCCGCUUGAGAAACAUGCGAUUCAAAAUAACGAGGAUCAAAUACCGUCGGCGGCGGCAGAGGAAGGAGAGUUGAUGCGACAAGAAGAUCCUUAUGAAUCGGUGCGCAUUCGAACAAUUUGGGCUGCGGAGACCAAGCGCGACGAAAUAGCGGCAGCGAAAAAGCGUUUAGAAUGUAGUGGAGACAACAGCAAAACGACGUGUGUUCAAGACGGGGAUGGAAGCACAAAUGCAACUGGGAGUGGCAGUGAGAAAGAGGAGGGAGCACAGCCUCCGUCUGGUUUUAGCAAGACUCAUCUGGGCGAAGACGUUGACAGCUGCGACGGAGAACAAGGAACAAAGUGUGUGCAGCCGCUGCCCUCACUGCGAAACAGUUUGGGGCAAGAUUCUUUGGCUGCUGCUGUCGCCGUGGCGAAUGUAAAAGAGGCAAUGCCAACACCACACACAAAAAGUGAGGUUAGUUACGGAGCUGCGCACUCGUGGGAUGUAAUUGUGAUUGACUCCUCUGACGACUCCAACUAG